AACCUUUCCCCCUCCACAGUCAUUCGUUUUCGACUAAAUCAUAACAAAUCACACCAACCGUCUUCUCCUUCCAUCAACGAAGGUUAUUUUCUGUCAACUACAUCCUCUCGCUCUCCUGAUUAUUCUCACGUGCACACACUACCGACUGGAUUUCCCCUGGACUGCUGCAGACGACCAGCUCGCUCAUCACUCCGGCCCUGAGCGCCAUCUACCCUGAUAUUUCUCGCAUCUCAAGGAGUCUACCGUGAUGAGGUUCAUCGGUCUUUCGUUUGUCCUGUACUGUCUGGUCCUGCUGGCGGCUGCAGCAGGCGACGAUAGUGGCAGCGUGACGGACGUCGCCACGUCGGCUGCGGCAACAACAACAGCGGACACUACCACUAGUACGUCGACCACGGAACCCACCACUUCGACAACUUCCACCUCUACGUCGACGACCAAAGAGCAAGAGCCGACCUCGACUUCGUCGACGUCGACGACGACAUCCACCUCGUCCACCUCCACCUCCACCUCCACUACCACGACGGAAGCGACCAAGACUUCCGACGAGCAAGCGCAGGCCACCACCACUUCUUCGUCGACCACGGACAAGAAUAAUGCUGCUGCGACUACGACCACCACUGCCGAUUCCAGCGCUGAGACCUCCGAUUCUUCCACCACCGCCAGCGAUACCGUGAUUGUCAUCACCACCUCGAUGACCAUCAGCGGUACUCCGGUGGCGACGACCAUCACCACGACUGCGGCUGUCACGGCGGCGGCCACCACCUCCCCUGGUCUGUCUGGCGGGUCCAGCAGUUCUGGCGGUAGCUCCGGCCUCUCGUCUUCCCAGAAGAAGACCAUUAUCGGCGUGGUGGUCGGUGUUGGUGGCGCCAUCCUCAUUGGUGCUAUCGGUGUGGUUGCCUGGAGAAUCAGAGGCCGCCGGCGCAAUGGUACCAACGGUGAUGAAGAUGACGACCUGAUGAGCGGCACUGCUGUCGGCUCUGGCGCUCGUGAAAAGGCCCCCAGCCCCGGGGCCACCGGUACCCCGUUCAAAAGCACUCUGGACCAAUAUCAUAACCCGGGCCCUGUCAACGCCGCGUCGAACUUUUAAUUUGCAAACGACAAGUCUUCUGCGGUUCAUUGCCUGUUUCUGCUUCAACUUCCCCAUCCAUCUUUCCGUCGAAGCAAGCCCAGUCUGGCCAUAGAAACAAGAGGUUGCAGAUUUGUAUGAUCACCACGCAAUAUUUAACAGGCGCAAAAUGGGUUGAAAUUACUUGGGUUAUGAUUUGUUCCUGCUUUCUUUCUUUUUUUUUUUCCUGG